AUGCAAUAUUCGUUUGACAUUUCACAAGGAAUGAUUCUACCAUUUUGUUUAUUUUUCUUUCUUUUCGGGUUUUCGUCUUUGGAUUUUCUCUUUUUUUAUUUCAUUUCCAGCCAUGUAUUCUUCAGUUCUCUUCAUAUGCAUAAUUACCGAGUCUCUCUCUCUCUCCCUCUCCCUCUCCCUCUCUCUCUCUCUCUGUCCCUCUCUCUCUCUGUGUUUUCUCUCUCUCUCUCUCUCUCUCUCUAUCUCUAUCUCUCGCUCUUCCUCUUUUUCUCUCACGCUAUUUCACUUUAUCUGCCUUUCUCUCCCUCUUUUCCUGUCUCUUCCUGUUCCUCCUUCUCUCUCUCUCGCGCGCUCUUUCACUCUCUUUUUCUGUCGCUCUUUCUCUUUUCCUCUCUCUUUAUCUCACUCUUUCUCUCUUAUUAUGUCUCUCUCUCUCUUACUUUCUCUCACUAUUUCCUCGCGCUUUCUCUUUGUCUUUCUCUCUUUCACUUUCUCUCCUUAUCUCUCUCUUUUCUCUUUCACACUCACUCUUUCUCAACUCUCUCUCUCUCUCUCUCUCUCUCUCUAUCUAUCUAUCUAUCUCUGUCUUUUUCCAUUUCUAUUUCUCUCUCCCAGAUGGUUUUUGUUCUUGGCAUCAAAACUUUCUAG